AAAAUAUGUUGAAGAAGUUUAAUACCAUGUAUUCUCGCAAAAUUCUGACAGUUGAGUUAUCAUACAGACGGGGCGAUAAAAAUUAAAUUGCUAAAUUGGUUUUAUUCAACGAAUUUUGGAGGAUGACGUGUUUGUAAUACUGAUAUGCCGGUAUCAGGAAUUAUCGAGGUUGAGGAUAUAUAGGUUUGGAUUAAAUCAAUUGUCAUACAAAGUUCACCUGUUCAAUUUCACGACGAAAAUCAAAGGCGAAUCUGAGAUGUGAAUCUUGUGCUGAAGAGCUCUAUUUCCAAAUUCCCUGAAACUUUUUGAUGAAUAUUACAAGUACCAUGGAUGGAGAUCUGAAUAACCAAACAUCAACCACCAUCAGUGGAACAUUAACCACCAUUGAACCAAGUAGCAUAGCAGAUGUGGCGUGGUUUCGAGCGUUGAAAUAUACAUUGUAUGGAUUAAUAUUCCUCAUAAGUAUGCCAGGAAAUAUUAUGGUCUGUUUAAUAAUAACUCGCCGAAGGAAAAUGAAGACUAUCACAAAUUUUCUCAUCCUAAACCUAGCUAUUUCCGAUGUUUUAUAUACGUUAUACGUUCCUUUGGAUAUUGUCAUAACUGAAACAACAACAUGGCCGUUUGCACAUUUCUUUUGUAACCUAUUGUAUCCACUUAUGACAUUGUCUAUUUGUGUGUCUGCUUUCACAUUAAUGGCACUGGCCUUGUCUCGUUUUUGGGCCGUGGUUUUUCCUUUACGUCGUCAACUAUCUAUUGCUCAAGUUAAAGUAUCACUUGUAGUUAUUUGGUUGUUAGGGAUAGUUGUGGUGCUGCCCUAUGCAAUAUAUCUUAGAAUCACAAAGGAUCAUAUUUGUAAUGAAACCUGGCCAACUGAAAAUGCACGGAAAACAUACACCUUGGUCUUGUUUUUCGCACAAUUCGUCCUUCCACUUACUGCAAUUACUCUCGCGUACACAAUGGUUGGAAUUGAAUUAAAGAAAGGAAGUCACAGAAGUGAAAAUCGCAUCUUGGAACGAACAAGAAACGAGGAAUCAACUAAAGUAAUCCGAAUGUUGAUUGUCAUAACAGCAGCAUUUGCGUUUUGUAACUUGCCUACAUCAAUUUUGUGGCUGAUUAAAGACUUCGGUUCCGCAAAAUCAUCGCAAUUCGACGAUAUUAUUGUAUUUUUCAAUAUUUUGGAUUUUGGAAACGCAGCCGUAAACCCGUGUAUAUACCUUUCAUGUAACGAAGAUUUUCGACGAGAAUUUUGCCGUUAUCUCAGCAAAAUGAAAAUAAAACUAUUUUGGACAUCAGACAGGACUUUCUCCGCAGAUUCAGCCCCGAGUCAUGAAGGGCAUGAGACGGGUGAAGAACCAUGUCUUGAGAAAACAACAGUUGAUCCAUCUUCCUCGAUACUUUUAAAACAUGAAUCGUGUAUGUAAACAUAUUUUCACCGUUUAAAAACUGUGUAUAUUCAAUGAUCUGUUCAGACCUCCUGGAAUGAAAAUAAUUAAUCUUAAUUAUAUUCACAAAUCAAGUA